UUGGGGAACUUGGCGUCGUGACGGGGACCUAGGGACCUGCAGUGGGGCCGCCGCCGCCGCCAGAGCAAGCGCCUCGACCUCGGCCUGAGAAUCAUUUGAUGGAAAACUGAUUGCAUAACUGCUUGACCUGAAGAAUUUUAAAGGUCUGGAGUGGUGCCUGAGGUAUCCUGCUUUUGUAACAAGUUGUCAAGUGAUAAUGAAUUGAUGAAGUGAUUCUGAAUGAAUAUCAAGUAGAGUAACCUAUGACUAUCUGAAUAUUUUUAAAGUAAUCUUCUGUCAGUUCCACUGUUGUGGUUGCUCAGGAUACCCUUUUUCAAGGAGAAAUGAAGAAGAAAACUGUAUAUACCCUAAAUGUGGGAGAUCAGGAGUAUGAAGACAUGGAAGGUGAAGAAAACAAAGAUAAUACUGCUACCACUGGUCUGUUGUACAGUGAAGCUGACAGAUGUCCUAUAUGUCUUAAUUGCCUAUUAGAGAAAGAAGUUGGUUUUCCAGAAAGCUGUAAUCAUGUCUUUUGCAUGACCUGUAUUCUUAAAUGGGCAGAGAUACUGGCUUCAUGUCCUGUUGAUCGAAAACCAUUUCAAGCAGUGUUUAAAUUGAGUGCAUUGGAAGGUUGUGUUAAGGUUCAAGUAAAAAGACAGUUGAGAGAAACAAAAGACAAGAAAAAUGAAAGCUCUUUUAAGAAACCGCUCUUCUAUCGUGAAAAUUCUAAAAGCUGUAUGAGGAAAAAAGUUAUAAAAGAAGAUCUAUUAUGUGCAAAACUUUAUGAUUUGAAGAUGACACACAGAAACCCUACACACAGUGAAAUGGAAGGAAAGAAAAAUGCAACAAUAAAGAUAAAUAAGCCCCGAAGAUCAAAUCAGUGUACAAGUCAGUGCUUCAGAAAUUUUUUCUCCAAUAUGUUUUCUUCUAGUAAUCACAUUGGAGAAUCUUCUUUUACCUGUAGAACUUACUGUACAGAAUUUAUAGAGGUCAAUGAAAUGAAUACAUUGAUUAGGCAGAAGAGACAGGAAUUGGAAUUGUCAUGGUUUCCUGAUACAUCACCUGGGACUGGAAGAAUUGGUUUUAGACCCUGGAAUAUUGAAACACAAGUGCUUCCUCUCAUCUCUUCUGUGUUGCCAAGAACUAUUUUUCCAACAAGUACCAUAUCUUUAGAAAAUUUUGGUACCUCUUGCAAGGGAUAUGCAUUAGCACAUACUCAAGAAGGAGAAGAGAAGAAGCAAACUUCUGGUACAUCAAACACCAGAGGAUCAAGACGAAAACCUGCAGCAACAACUCCUACAAGGAGAUCUACACGUAAUACAAGAGCUGAAACAGUCAGUCAAUCCCAGAAAUCCCCAGUAUCAAAUAAUUCUGGGUGUGAUGCCCCAGAUAACAACAAUCCAUCUGUAAGUGUGUCCUCUUCAGCCAUGUCAGAAAAGCAAACAAGACAGGCUCCAAAACGGAAGUCUGUAAGAAGAGGAAGAAAACAACCUUUAUUGAAAAAGAAACUUCGGAGCUCUAUACCUCUCCCUGAAAAAUCAUCUUCCAGUGAUUCAGUAGAUGAAGAAACAGCAGAAUCUGACACACCACCUGUGUUAGAGAAAGAGCACCAAUCAGAUGCAGAAAGUAGUAACAGUUGUACUGUGCCAGCAAGUGUCGAAAAUGAGUCUGCUAAUGGCUUGAGAAGUUGUAAUGAACAGGUAGAAGAAAGUGAGGAACAUACUGAGAACCAUGAUACAGAGGAAGCAGUGGAAUCUUCAUAUUCUGAGUCUCAUACCGAAGAUACUUCUGUACUAGUUGGAGAGGAAGAGGAUAUUCAAAAAGUCGAAAAUACAAGUGUAGAGGCUAAUGUUUUGUGUUUAGAAAGUGAGACUCCUAAAAAUAUGUCUGGAAAAGGAGGUGAUCCAUUGGAAAAUCAAGACCAAACAUCUGGACCUUCAGAAUCAGAGGUAAAAGCAGACAAAUGUACAGAUUAUCCUUCAAAUGAUCUUCCUACAUGUUCAGGAUCUGAAGUUGAAGUAUACCAACCUGUACCAAGCUUAGAUGAGUUACCAGAGAAUUCAGAGUCAGUGGUUAAUGAAGAAAAAGUUAUGGAAAGUUCUAUAGCAGAAAUUGUUGAUCAUAAAGAUUCAACAGUAAAAACAGAACAGCUUGUAGAUGGCCCCAAAUUAGAAUCUUCUGAGGGAAGCAUUAUACAAACAGUGAGCAAAAAAUCCAUAGAGGGCUCAGAGGCUCAGUUGCUUGAGCAUGUUGAAACUGAAGAUGUAGAAAUAAUUGCAACAUGUGAUACUUCAGAGAAAGAAAGUUUGAAUAGUAUUCAAGACUCUGAAAAUAAUUUAUUGAAAAAUAAUCUUAACACCAAAUUAGACAAAUCUUUAGAAGAAAAGACUGAAUCUCCUGUUGAACAUUCCAGAUCUACAGAAUUGCCUAACACACACAUUGAACAAAUUCAGAAGCAUUUUAAUGAGGACAACAAUGAAAUGAUACCUAUGGAAUGUGAUUCAUUUUGCAGUGACCAGAAUGAAUCUGAAAUUGAACCUCCUGUAAAUGCUGAUACCACACAACUGAAUGAAAAUUCUGUGGAGCACAGUUCUCAAAAUAAUAUGCCAUCUUCUGAUCCUGCAAAUGGAAAGGCUGAAACUGUAUCUCAGCCAUCUGAAAGCCCAGUAGAUGUGAUGGAGAAAGCCAAAAAGCCUCGUACCCGAAGAUCUAGAUUUCACUCCCCAUCUACAACUUGGUCUCCCAACAGAGACACUGCACGAGAAAAGAAGCGGUCUCAGUCUCCAUCUCCCAAAAGAGAAACUGGAAAAGAAAGCAGAAAGUCUCGAUCACCAUCUCCCAAAAAAGAAUCUGCAAGAGGACGUAGAAAAUCUCGUUCUCAGUCCCCAAAGCAGGAUAUCACAAAAGAAAGGAGACGAUCUCAGUCUCGAUCUCCAAAAAGAGAUAGCACGAAGGAAGGCAAAAGAUCUGCAUCACUCUCCCCCAAAAGAGACACUUCGAGAGAAAACAGAAGAUCUCAGUCAAGAGUGAAAGAUUCCUCCCCAAGAGAAAAAUCCAGGUCUCGGAGCAGAGAAAGAGAAAGUGAUAGAGAUGGGUCACGGAGAGAUCGAGAUCGAGAAAGAAGAACCAGGAGAUGGUCUAGGUCCAGAUCUCGUUCGAGGUCACCAUCAAGAUCUAGAACAAAAAUUAAGAGUUCAUCAUUCAGUAGAAAUGACAGAGACACUUACUCUCCUCGGUGGAAGGAAAGAUGGGCAAAUGAUGGUUGGAGAUGUCCACGAGGAAAUGAUCGGUACAGAAAGAAUGAUCCAGAGAAACAGAAUGAAAAUACAAGAAAAGAAAAAAAUGACAUCAGUCCAGAUGCUGAGGAUCCAAAUUCUGCUGACAAACAUAGAAAUGACUGUCCCAGUUGGGUAACAGAAAAAAUAAAUUCUGGGCCUGAUCCAAGGACCAGAAAUCCAGAAAAGUUAAAAGAUUCUCACUGGGAAGAAAACAGAAAUGAAAAUUCAGGGAAUUCUUGGAAUAAAAACUUUGGUUCAGGUUGGAUGUCUAACCGUGGUAGAGGUAACCGUGGCAGAGGCACUUACAGAGGUGGUUUUGCCUAUACAGAUCAGAAUGAAAAUCGGUGGCAAAACCGAAAACCCCUCUCAGGGAAUUCAAAUAGUUCAGGGAAUGAGUCUUUCAAGUUUGUGGAACAGCAACCCUAUAAACGGAAAAAUGAGCAAGAGUUCUCAUUUGAUACACCGGCAGAUAGAUCUGGGUGGACAUCUGCAUCUAGUUGGGCUGUGAGAAAGACUCUACCAGCAGAUGUACAAAACUAUUACUCAAGACGAGGGAGGAAUUCUUCAGGUCCACAGUCUGGAUGGAUGAGACAAGAAGAAGAAGCAACUGAACAAGAUUCUAACCUAAAAGACCAAACAAACCAACAUGGAGAUGGUUCCCAGCUACCUAUAAAUAUGAUGCAACCACAAAUGAAUGUAAUGCAGCAACAAAUGACUGCACAGCAGCCGCCUAUGAAUAUCUUCCCAUAUCCAGUGGGUGUUCACGCUCCUUUGAUGAACAUCCAGCGCAAUCCAUUUAACAUUCAUCCUCCGCUACCCUUGCAUCUGCACACAGGUGUGCCUCUCAUGCAGGUAGCUGCUCCUACAAGUGUAUCUCAGGGACUGCCACCGCCACCACCCCCUCCCCCACCAUCCCAGCAAGUCAGCUACAUUGCUUCACAGCCAGAUGGAAAGCAAUUGCAGGGCGUUCCUAGUGCUUCUCAUGUAAGUAAUAACAUGAGUACACCAGUCUUGCCUGCUCCGACCGCAGCCCCAGGAAAUUUGGGAACAGUUCAGGGACCAAGUUCUGGUAAUACUUCAUCAUCAAGUCACAGCAAAGCCUCUAAUGCUGCUGUAAAAUUGACAGAAAGCAAAGUAAGUGUUACAGUGGAAGCCAGCGCAGAUAGCUCGAAGACAGACAAGAAAUUACAAAUCCAAGAAAAAGCAGCACAGGAGGUAAAAUUGGCCAUUAAGCCAUUUUACCAAAAUAAAGAUAUCACCAAGGAAGAAUAUAAAGAGAUUGUACGGAAAGCAGUAGAUAAAGUUUGUCAUAGUAAAAGUGGAGAAGUAAAUUCUACUAAGGUGGCAAAUCUGGUUAAAGCCUAUGUAGACAAAUACAAAUAUUCACGGAAGGGAAGCCAAAAGAAAACCCUGGAAGAACCUGUGUCCACCGAAAAAAACAUAGGUUGAAAUGGGGAGCACUGUAAAGGACACUAUCAAGAUAUCUGCAAAGUGCAAUUUCAACUUGUACCUUUAACUGAAAAUCAUACAUAACUGUGAUUGAAAUUUGGUUUUGAUAAAAUUAUUUUUUUUAAUGUAGAAUAUAAAGUUUUGUUCUGAAUAAAUAUAGUUCUGCACUGCAACUUCUUUAUCCUUUCCUCCUCCCGAAAAUGAAAGCAAUUCAAGGGAAAGUAAAGGGGUUAAAGGAGUGUGCAUUUUUACUAGGACUCUUAUAGUGUGGAUACUGGAAGAUGUACAGCUUUUUGAUUUGAACAAUGGAGUGCAUAAAUUAGAGUCUUCUAAGUGCACUGGUUUUGGAAAAGAUAUAUAUAAUACAUUUAUUCUGUCAGGCUAAAAAUAAAGUAUGAAUGAUCUUUAUGAUUUUUCCCUUUAUAGAAAGUUAAAUAAUGUAUUACCAUGAAGAAUAUUUCUAAUAACAGAAUAUACCAGUUGCAGGGUUCCUAAUGUGUAUUUUUAAAACACACGUCUGAAUAAAUUGCUUAGAUAGAAAACAGAUUAUCACCUGAGUAAAAUUCAGUGUUCAAAACUUUGGAACACUGUUACUGAAUCACCAAAUAAAGGUUAUGCUGCUUGUUUUUCUUUUGUGCCUUUUUUCCCCACCAAUUGAAAUGAAGCAGUUUGAUUUGCUAGAUUUACAAUUUUGGAAGUCUAAAACUCUAUGUGGAAUUUAGAAGAACAGUUUGGAAAAAGUGUUGACUUUAUAAAAAUUAUGUACUUUCAUGAUAUCUUCUACCUGUCAGAGAAAUGAUAAAUUAUCUGUGCCAACUGGAGAAUUGCAGUUGAGUGGUGACCCUGCCUUCCUUGGGAUGAAGGUAGAAUUAUGAGACGCACUUCAGUGGCUUUCAUUGGCUCAUCUAUCUAAUCACUAAUGAAUUUCUUUUUACACUUGAGAAGUAUCCAAAUGCUUUACAGUGAGUAAAGUGUUAAUUAGGUGACCAUAUGGUGGCCAUUAACCAUGUUGCAAAAUUCUAGACAUUAAAACCUUGGUUUUGGAAAGGGAGAGGACUUAAUGGAGUCUUGGUUAGGCUUUCAGGGACUAGGGAUUUGAUUGUCUUUUUUUAAAUACUAGAAUAUGUUAAUUUUUACAAAAGGUAAGUUCAGAAGGUUAUAGAGCCACUAUUUUAAUUGGCAUCUUAGAAGAAAAAAAUGGGUUAUCCAUGAUAAACUUUCAUUGCAGUAAUAAUUUUCAAUAGAUACCAAAUAACAAAAGCUAUUCAGAUAAGAUGUUAAUGGCUCAGAAAGAUAUAUGCAUCAGUGAGACAGACUGACCCUUGUAUUAGCUAAACUAGAGAGAGCAAUACUCUGUAGGACUGUGCUUUUCUGAAGUAAAGAUGAUCUGUUUGUCAAGUUUAUGUGCAUAAUACUUUCUUGGUGCUAGCUUUGAUAAGGCAAAUAUUUUGAACUGUUGGCCCCAAUAAUGAUUGUGCUAGUUCAUAAUCUUUACUAGAUUAAGAGUGUAAUUCCAAAAAGUGUUAGAAAUAUUUCCAAGGAGUCUUGAUCUUUAUUCUGCAUUUCUGGGCAUUUGUAAUAUGGUAUUCUACUGAUUUAUAUAUAUAUUUUUAAUUAAAGUUUGUGUUUAGAUAUGAAGGGGAAAGAAGUUUAGAAGUAUAUUUCUUCUAAUAAAAUAUUAAGACUGUUUUAAAUAUCAACACACACCUCCUCAUUUGUUUGUUUUGAACUCUAGAAACAAUUGUGUGAAUUUGCAAUCUGUUUUCAGUUAAAGCUGGUUCACACUGAAAAUUUUGUAGCAAAUUGCCUAAGAUGAUUAAUCACACAGUGCAUACUUUUCCUACAUUUUCUUUCAGUGAUGUUUGGGAAUACAGUUAUAUUUUAAAAUUUGCUUUAUACCAUUUAAAAGUUUUGAAGAAAAACUAGGUGGUAUGAUGGUCAAGUCUCACAUCUUUGGUUGCAGUGCCAUGAAUUAUUUCCACCUGUCUUGAAAAUAACAAGUGUGUAUUCCAUAUCUGCUUGGGGUACUUGGUUAGACUGCAUUUAAAAUGCUAAUGAAGAAUGUUACUGGAUUAGAAUUCAAACUUUUAAAACUUAGAAAUACUUAAGAAUGUAUUAGAAAGUGCAUGCUUUAUGUUAAAAAAAAUGCUUUAACAUUCCCCAUUCUUGCUUUUCUCAGAAAUCUACAUUAAUUUUGCAUGUGCACAAACUGAAUCAAAAACAUUUCGUGGAAUUAUAAAUUUGUUAUUUAUUAAGAUUCAGUAUUAACUUGACCUUUGAAACCUUGGUCCCAUUAACUUACUAGUCACAUUGACCAAUGUUUUAGGCUAUAGUGAUGCCUAGAAUUUUGACUAAAAGUAGUUACUUACUAUUUUAACAUUCCAAAAGUUUUGUGAUUUCUUUUUUUCCUGGUUACCACAUUUUCUCCAUGAUCUUCCAUUAAAUGGCCACAGUGUGUACUGUUUGAAUGUUCCAUCCAAAAGAUACAGCUUCAGAAGCACAGUGGUUGCCCCAUGGUCCAUGAGACCUUGUUUGUAGUACAAGGAUGGAGUUCUGUCUACUGAAACAAUACUCUUAAAACAGAAAUGUAGUAUGUAAUAUUUUCUAAUAAAUUCUUUUGAUAAACAAAGAAGUGUCUUUAACAUUUUAUUGUUCUGAUUCCUGGGAAAUGCUGACUUUUGCCUCAUUAUAACUGUUUCCAAAGACAUGUUGAAGUAUUUCUCAGAUUUGUACACAUAACUAGCUAGCAUCAUAAAUUAAUGUCCAAGUUGUAAAGCAAGCUUAGAGUUAGCUAUAAGCAUAUAUUUUAAUAGCAUUUUUUCCUAAUUACAAAAUCAUUGUAGGAAAUUAGAAAAGCUUUAUUUAAAAAAACUUGUAGAAGAAACGGAAAAAUGAGAAAAAUCACCUGUAAUCCUGCCAUUUAAAGGUAACAAUGCCAAUCAAACUGCCCAGAACUGUUGUAACUUACCCAUUUCACUUAAUGAUGUAUUCAGAAGUUUACAUUUUAAUAAAAAUUCUACAGCAUGAUGUUUAACGGCUAUAUAGUAUUCUGUCACAUAUCGUACGUACCAUUACUUAAAAAAAAAAAUUCUUUAAGUUUUUAAAUUUAUUUUUGAGAAAGAGAGCAAGGAAGGUGCAGAGAGAGAGGGAGACACAGAAGCCAAAAAAGGCUCCAGGCUCUGAGCUGACAGUUCAGACCCGACACAGGUCUCGAAACCACGAACUGCAAGGUAAUGACCUGAGCCAAUGUUAGACCCUUAAAUGACUGAGCCGCCCAGGCGCACCUCUUCAUUGCCUUUUUAACAGUACUUCAUAUUUCCUGUCCUGGAGAUAUUAAGGUUUUAAUAUUGAAGCCAUCUUUCAUGCGUUUUCCAUUCACAUCCCAUCUCCAUUCUCUCAAACAAUUGCUGUUUCCUCUAUAUCAAACUGGAAUUCCUUUGCAGUGAAAUCCAACUCCUUUAGUUCCCAGAGUGUUGCCAUCUGACCUCUUUUAAUAGUCCCAACUAUGACUUAGAUUCUAUAUGCGCCAGUUCAUUGUAGACACUAAAGGACUAAUCUUCUGAUAACACAGCAUCAUUCAACACAGAGUGCCCACCUCGUGUGUUACACACUAGGGAAGAGUAAGCAAAACAAUACUGUUUCUACUCACAGAGCUACAUAAUGUGGAAAUAACAUCUAUUUAUAUAACUGGUAAGGAAUGACAGGACUAUAAGGUGAUCCAAGGAUCUGUGAUAGGGUAAUUGGACUUAACAGUGAUCAGUGAGAAUCCCUGGGAGAAAUGGCACUUAAGAGCUAAAGAUAAGAACUAAGCAAGGAGAAAAGAGCUGGCAGAGGAAAGAGGUGCAAAUGGUCUGUGGCCUCAAAGUGUGGCAACCCCAAGCCUAAAUUGGCUAGAGUGAAGACUGGUGGAGACUUCUUAGGGCAAUACAUUUUGUAAAGAAAAACUUGAAAUCUUUCAAGCAGAAGGUGUUUGAUAUGAGCAGAUAUGCAUUUUGAAAGAUUACUCCACUCAUAAUCUUUCAAUGGCUUAAAAGUGGUUAAUAAACAUGAAAAAGUGUUCAACUUCACAGUUAAUGUUAUAAAUGUUAUUUUAUCAAAUUGAUAAAUUUAAUUCUGGCAAGAGUGCCAUGAGGAAAUAGUACUGGUUAGAAUUUGUACAAUUUUUCUUUCUAAAAGGCAACUUGUAAAUAAGUAUAAACAGCCUUAAAAGGGCUGCCAUAUCCCUUUUCCAUAAUGAUGAAAACAUACUGGUUCACAUAGUCCUUUCUAGUAUUUAAUAGAGGAAAAUUGGAGGGAAUGGUUAAUCUGUGGUUCAUAUGAAAGUAUUUUACAUCUGUGGUUCAUAUGAAAGUAUUCUACAGCUGUUGUAAAUGUUUUCAGGGGGAAAAAAAACAUUAAAUGGAGAAAAAAAUAGGUCACAAACUGCGGCUGACCUUUCAACAAUGAGGGGGCUAGGACUCUAGCCAACCCCCUGCAGAGUCAAAAAUCCCCCAUAGAAUUUGUGACUCUCCAAAUACUUCAGUACUACAGCCUGUUGACUGGAAGUCUUACCAACAACAUAGUAAACAUAUUUUGUAUGUUAUAUGUGUUAUACACCAUAUUCUUACAAUGAUGUAAGCUGGAGAAAAAAAUGUGACACAAUCCUUAGGAAGAGAAAAUACAUUUAUAGUACUGUAUCAGAUUUAUCUUAAAAAAUCUGUGUAUGAGUAGACCUGUGUAGUCCAAACCUGUGUUACUUAAGGGUCAACUGUAUACAUAAUAUUCCAAUUUAAAAUUAAGGCACAAAAACACAGAUUAUUAUUUCUAAGUAGCAGAGGAUCUUUUUAAAAUGCUUUUCUUUAGCUUCCAAGUUUACUAUAGUGAACAAUAGUCGUAUGAUCAGAAAAAACGAGGAAAUUGCAGCUCUCCUUGUUUGGUACAUGACAGUGGGGGAAUGGACAGGAAGCUUUGCUCUAGGCUGGGGAGCUACCAACUUCCCAAUUUAGAACUGGCCUAACGUCUCAGCUUGAACACUUGAGAUAGGUGUCUGAUGGCUCUCCAUACUGUGCUCCAUACUCCCCAGCGGGGAGCACAGCCUCCUGUGGUAGCUGAUGGGUGCUAGUCUGUGAGUAGUCAGCACCCACUGGCUUUAUGGGCUGAGACACGCCUUAGUCAUAAAGAAGUAGACUUCCCAAACCGUAACUAAUCUGGGCAUAUUUCCCAAUCCUGCAAUCAUUAGAGAAGAUAAUCCACUUAUAAUUAGUAGGGGUCUUGGUUUUAAAGCUCACAGAGAACUGAGGCACAGCUUUCUGUGCCUGAGUGAUGCUGAUUAUGUUACUAAACUUCUCUGAGCCAGAGCGGCCUAUGUGAGGGUUUGCUGCCUACUUACCUAGAGGAUUAAGUGAGAUUAGAUAUGGGAAAGUCAUAAUUUCCUACAUACUUACUUGGGAGAAGUUCUGCUCUAUAAUUCAGACUGGUUUGCCCACUGUCUCAUCUUGGAUAAUGGUGGAAAUACAGUUUACUUGCACAAUGGUUUCAAUCUAGCUGCACAUCCAGGGUCACAGCUUAAAAAAAUAAAAAAAAUAAAUAAAAACACAAAAA